CAACGCCCAUUCUACCAAACCAGCACCGAAACAGUACGAUGUCAGAUGAACGAUACAAGUAUGACCCAUCACUUGCAGCUGCGGUCAUUUUUAUCGUAUGCUUCGGUCUUUCGGGAAUCUAUCACGUUUUUCAAGUCGUUCGACUAAAGUCAUGGUAUUUUAUUCCAUUCAUAAUUGGUUGUCUUGUUGAGGUAAUAGGAUACGUCGGACGAGCACUCAAUGCAUCCGAGAAGUCGGGCCAGUGGACGCAAGGCCCUUACAUCAUCCAGGCUCUCCUGUUACUGCUUGGUCCACCAUUCUAUGCAGCAUCGAUUUACAUGGUUCUGGGGCGGCUGAUUCGACUUUUGGAUGCUGAGAAAUAUUCUAUGGUUAAGCUUAAAUGGUUAACCAAAUUUUUCCUGCUGGGAGAUAUCGCCUCGAUUCUGGGUCAGGGAGCUGGCGGAGGCAUGCUUGCCAGUGCUGAUUCGAAAAAGAGCCGAGACUUGGGCCAAACUAUCAUCAUCGUAGGUCUUGCGAUCCAGAUCAUCUUCUUCACGUUCUUCGUGAUUAUCGCCAUUACCUUCGACAAGCGGAUCCGCCGCGAACCCACCAAAGCCAGCUUGGCUAUAACAUCACCAUGGAAAAAACUUCUCCAAGUCUUAUAUGGAUCCAGCGCCCUCAUUCUAGUCCGAUCGGUCUUUCGAGUGGUGGAGUAUGUCCUGGGUAAAGAUGGUGAGCUCAUGGCGAAGGAGGUUUAUAUUUAUAUAUUCGAUGCGACUAUGAUGCUUUUGGUAGCGAUUUCCUUUAAUAUUUUCCACCCUUCGGCCAUCAUCAACAAGAAAAACAAGCGAAACUCCGGGAUCCCGAGUUCCGAUGUCGAACUCAAUGCUGUGGCAUACACAGGAUAA